AUGCCGAAAGAACUGAGAGUAAUCGAGCCAUACCGCACCCGCUUCUCAUCCAACCGCCACUCCAACGGAGCUGCACCCAGCUACGGAAACAGGGGGACAAAACUUUUGGAGGAUUUGAAGUUUGAGCACCAGAGAGAGCUUGAAAGACAAUCCCUAAAAAAAUUUGAUCUCUUCAUCGGAGAGUUUGAACUGAAGUCUGUACUUCAUAAAGGAAGUUUUGGAGUGGUUCUUCUAGUAAAGAAACAAUCCGAUAAAACUCUCUAUGCCAUAAAGCUGGUGAACAUAUCCAGAUCGGAUUACACGCAGAUACUGAACGAGAAGUUAGUCUUGCAGAAAAUAUCAACCAAAGGGUGUUCAUUUCUUGUGAAGGUUUUUGACUACAUACUUGUCAAUGGUUACGUGGGAUUCGUGAUGGAGUACAUCCCUUCGAUAUCCCUGGCCUCACAGGUAAACCUCGCAAAAAAGUUUUCAGAGGUCAAGGCGGUUUUUUAUAGCGCUUGCAUUCUGAGUGCAUUGCAGUAUCUCCACUCAAUAUACAUCUUCCACAGAGACAUAACACUGCGGAAUAUACUGGUAGAUGGAUCGGGAUACAUCAAGCUGGUGGAUUUUGGUGUGAGCCAGUAUAGGCCACCUGAUAGACUAUCAACUGGUCGUAGAUCAACUUUAAAGAUGGACCAGCUGAUCGACUUCGAGGACCUUGGAAGGUGCACAUGGGAACUACUGACAGGGGAGUUCGUGAUGACCGCGCCUGAUUAUUCGAGGAAAAACUCUUCACUGUCGAGCAAUUCUUUGAAGUACUUCGAGUUGAUCUUUCCAAAGCAUAGAGUCACUACGUUGGCCUCAUCAGAAAACAUGAUUUCAGCCCUACUUGUCCACCCGUUCUACAAAACUAUAAACUGGGAUGAUCUUAAAACUAGGAAGAUCAAACCUCCGUUCGUAUUGAAAAUACAGUUAAUUCAGAUGCAGCGCAAAGUUCUUAAUAUACUAAGUAACAAAAGUAACCUAACCUUAAUCUGGAUCCCUAGUCGCAUUGGAAUCGAAGGUACCGAAAGAGUAGAUCAAUUACCAUCACGUGCUCACUUGAACUCUCCAUCGACCCUUCUAAAACCACAUCACAACAUAAGAGUGAAGACAAACGACCUUACAUAUGAAAAAUGGCAAAAGGAAUGGAACAAGAUAGCAUUUUUCUCAAAGAAGUUUUGA